CGUGGCCGGUGGGAGGAGCGCGGGCCCGCUGGCUGCCCGCCGGCUGCCCGCUUAUAUAAGCGCAGGCAUCCCGUACCCGUAGUGAGUCUCAACUAUUGUUGUUGUCUCGUAUCUCGUCACUACAGCUACGUCCCUCCCUCAUUCACUCACCGGAACGAUGCUGCGUGUGCUGUUGCUGCUGUGCGUGGUGUGCGCUACACGUCUGGUGGCGGGGCGGUCCGUCCCGCUGCUCCCUCCGCUCUCUAAGUACAUGGCCAACUACGUCAACACGCUGGGCACCACCUGGCAGGCGGGCCACGCGUUUGACGGCGCGUCUGUGGAGGACGUGCGCAGGUUGUGCGGCACCGUGCUGGGAGGGCCCAAGCUGCCGACACGCACACACAAGGUGUCCCAGAGCUUGCCCGACAGCUUUGACGCACGCACGCAGUGGCCCAACUGCCCGACCAUCGGGGAGCUGCGCGACCAAGGCUCCUGCGGCUCCUGCUGGGCGUUUGGCGCCGUGGAGGCCAUGUCUGACCGCUUCUGCAUCCACUCGAAGGGCCAGGUGAACCCCCACGUGUCGGCCGAGGACCUGCUCUCCUGCUGCGAUGAGUGCGGCAUGGGCUGUGAUGGCGGCUACCCCUCCCAGGCCUGGAACUUCUGGACCAGCGCCGGCCUGGUCACCGGCGGCCAGUACGGCAGCGGACAGGGGUGCCGCCCCUACUCCAUCAAGCCGUGUGAGCACCACGUGAAUGGCUCGCGCCCGCCGUGCAGUGGGGAGGGCCCCACGCCCAAGUGCAUGCACGAGUGCGUGCCAGGAUACACGCCGCACUACAAGGCCGACAAGUACUUUGGUAAGAAGGCAUACAACAUCGACUCCGACGAGGGUCAGAUCAAGCAGGAGAUCUUCGACAACGGCCCCGUGGAGGCCGCCUUCACCGUCUACGCUGACUUCCCACAGUACAAGUCCGGAGUGUACCAACACGUGGCGGGCGAGGAGCUGGGGGGCCACGCCAUCAAGAUCCUGGGCUGGGGGGUGGAGGGCGGAGUGCCCUACUGGUUGGUAGCCAACUCCUGGAACGCGGACUGGGGCGACCAUGGCUUCUUUAAGAUCCUCCGCGGGAGCAACGAGUGCGGGAUCGAGGACGAGAUAGUAGCUGGGCUGCCCAGCCUGGGCUGAGCGCAGCAAUGAGCCACGGUUGGGGGAGUGGGGGGGAUGAUGGAGUGGGUGGCAGCAGGGGAAGCGGGGUCAAGACCAUUGGGCCCGGUCUGGUGACGGCCGGCGUGACCGCCGGGGUCUUUCCGCACAUCCAUCGUCGCUGCUGCUGUUGUUUUAAAGUGCAGGUUUCCCUCGCUCUACACUGGUAGUAGAUACUUUCCAAUAAAAUCGGCGUGCUAAGGAGAAACGGCAUGGCUUGGCACCGCAGAGUCGCCCAACCCUACAAUGUGCUGCACGCAUGAGGGGACAUGGCUGGCUGCGUGUCGAGCUGCGUGCAACGUUGUCCCACGUCCAGCCACUUGGCUGACUUAUGCGUGUGAAUUCGGACGAUUUUAUCCGCAGAUGUCCCACUGGACAAAUUUUGAUAGAGACUUCGUAGCUCGUUGCAUUCCUCCAGAAUAACUAUACAUAUUCAAGAUUCUGAUUAUUCAAACUGCGUUUAAUAAUAUUGUGGAAUUUUGGGUAUGAGGUGGGCUGGUCGCGUGUUGACAUGUAUGGCCUGAAAUUUCACGGACCGGAUCCGCAUUGAGCGUGGGAAACCUGUAAGAAACCCUUAUGUCGAGUCGUCUGUAGUCCGUAACGUUUUGCCAAAUUUUUUACUGGCGGUCCUCGUUUUAAAAAAGACAAAUUUCUGGUUUUAAUAAUAAGGGGUAUGGUGCAAAUAAUAAAGUUUGUGUGGAUAUUUGUUUUAAUUGUCAAAUGUUGAAUGGCGUGUGUAAGCGCGUGUCAGAUCGGUGUGGGGAGCGGUAACGUAGCUGUCAGUGCUGUGAUGCGCUACAAACCCGGUGACCCGAGUUGAUUCUUGCUCACAGCCCACACCAGAUUGUGGAUAGGAAAUGUUAACUACCUCGCCUGGUAUACAGGAGAUCGUGGGUUCCAUCCUGACCCCAGACGCCUGCUGUAUAUUUGGAGUUUGCGGCGUCUUUCUUUCUCUGUGGUCGCGUCACGUGGGGAUUUGUAGGCGCCAAAUAUUCAAAACGCACGUUGAUUCUAAAUAGUGGAUGGAAAACCCACGCGACAGCCACUUUGGCGUGCUAUCAUUUGUGAUGACCCAAGUCGCUUUCUGAUAAGAGCUACAUAGCUCAGUGGACAUUUUCCUGAAUUCGCCGGCUUCUAAUACAACUUAUCCACUGGCACAUCCGGAUCCCCACGAUGCAGGUGGUUUUUCCACUGGCUAUUUGCCGUGCUGAGCUGGAACCAGACCGUGCAAUGGCUGCAGUGGAAAGACAACCUCGCCCCCGCUUCCUGAGCCAUGCCCGGCCGGCUCUGCACUGUCUCAGCGCGGCUGACGUGUGUAUGGGUAGUGGUGGCGUAGAGGUCAGCAUGAUGAACCUGGCAAGCCCACUUCGAUUCCCGCUCAUGGCAACCGCCAACACCAGUGACGAUUAUCUGAACCGGUUCUGAGCCUCCCCUCUAGGUCGACUCGGCCUCAAAUGCAUACCUGGUGCGGUGUGUAAUAAACAUCGCCACUGGGGAGACAAAGGGCGGGACCACCCACCCCCCUUCGUGCCGGCCUUCAUAGGUGCUGCUACUCCCUAACAACACUUGCCCCAACAGUCUGCUUAGGCUUUCUGGCAGGGGGAUCUUUGUCUUUGUGUGUGGAGGAUACCUCGUUUCAGCUGCUGGCCCUGUGGACGUGGCCACGCCACCACCGUGCCUUGCUUGCCUUCACUGCCUUAUCCGUCUGGUCCCAAAACAUUUUGAUUUGUUUAAAAAAAAGUCACAUGCACAAACCAUUUUAAUAAAAAAAUAACUGAUUUUUAAUGAA